UGCUGGGAAAUGAGAAAAUUAACAUUAGUGCUAAACAUGGGUUGUACAAACAUAAGAAUAUGAAAAUACGUAGUUCAAGCGGGACCAUUGCGGGCCAAGUGUUAAAGUGUGAAGUCGACUGUAGGGAAGCUGAAGUGGUGAAAAUUGUUAAAUGAAAUAAAUACGUAUUAAACCACUACGAUUUGAACUGUCACGCAUCACAUCACUUUUCCUGUAAAAUAAAUAUUUUUGGAGUCUGUGCAUUAUAAGUGCAGAAGUAUGAUACUUCAAAGGGUAGUGUCUGCUGCAAGGUUUGCAUCAUGUCGUAUGCUUCCAAGUGCAUGCCAGGCAUCAUCAUAUCAAUCAGAACCAUCUAGAGUAGAAAAAACAUUGAACUCUGUUACAUUAUUGGGCCGCGUUGGUGGAGAACCACAAAAACGUGGAACAGAGGAGCAUCCUGUUGUUAUUUUCUCACUUGCAACGCAUGCAAAUUAUAAGUACGAAUCUGGCGAGUUUGUGCAGCGUACUGAUUGGCACCGUGUGUGUGUCUUCAAGCCACAUCUUCGAGAUACAGUGUAUACUUUCAUGAAGAAAGGUCAACGAGUUUAUGUCCAAGGCAGGCUGACAUAUGGUGAAGUAAAAGAUGAAAACGGAGUUUCCCGUUCUACAACAGCAGUAGUUGCUGAUGAUGUAAUUUUCUUCCAAACUGGUGACCAAUCAACAUGAAACAUGUUAUGUUGACCUAAAUUUUGUGAAGUUUAAAUGUUAGUGUAAAUAUUCUGUGAAAGAACAAUUUACAUUUAAAGAUCACAAUAGUCCUUAUUGGUCCUGAAUCUCUGCUACAAUGCCUUUAUACAUGUUAAUUCUAUGCGGUGGAAUAUAAAGGAAGGAAAAUGAGGAUAUUUUGUAAUAAAACUGCUGCGUUACUGAUUAAGUAUUAUUCACUUUAUAUUUACCUUACCAAGCUGCAGCUGAUGUACAGCUCUCACAAAAAUAAUUAUAUAUAAUUUCAUUUUACCAUUUGUACAUUACCUUCCUGGGUUUUUUAAAAACAAUCUGUUCAUAAGUAAUGAGAUCUUUAUAUUCAUUGUUUUUUUUACGGAGACAUCUAAUUUGAAAUCUACUGUACAAUCUUGGUUCGAAAUAAUUCCAUGCUACCAAGCUGCCAAUUAUCCCAAAUAAUCCCUUGUCAUGGGUUCAGAAGAGGAUCUCACAGAAAUUGAUAACUAUGUAUAGUAUUUGCAUAUUUCUAAGUAAAGCAAGCUGCAAAGCACCCCGCAUUUAGUAAUUUACCCAUUAAAAAAUUCUUAGCUGAGUGCUCUAUAUAAGUAUGCCAUAAAAUUAAGAAAACUCUUAAAAACAAUAUUGCCCUUAAAAUUAAUCUGUACAAUACAAUAUAUUGGAUUCCUUCCCUCAUGAUUGAAAAUUUUUCCUAAAAUAAGCUUUGUAUUUUAUAACACAAAACAUUAUCUAACAAUAUAAUAUGUAGGUAUUUUAAAAUAUGUACAAAAUCUAAUUUCUCUGUUAAAUCACUUCUACAUAACAUUAAAAAUAUUUACAACACAGUAACAAAAACCAAUUGCAAUGGAUAAUACAACUAGAGAUCACAGAGUGACAAAAUACAGACAAGAAUCUAACACCACGAAGAUUUACCAUGGCUGAUUCAUAAACUUGUCUGUAUUCAACCCAUAUUUGUUAGUAAAUGGGAACGUGAGCAUGUGUUGCAUUGAUCACCCUAGUGACACUUAACCCAAUGCACCACAAAUUUGUACCUAUAUUUGAAGUGAUACAAGGUUGUUUUUGUUUCCCACACAUUGGCAAAUCAAGUUCAAACUGCUUUUCCCAAAAGUAAACUUGUGCACCAUUAAUAAAUAUAGAGAGAAUUUGUUUAAAGCAUCUACGUAAUUUCUCACGUGAAAACCAUUGAUCUCCACUAUUCAUUGAACCAAGGAUUAGGUGGUAAAUACAAUUUUGUACAGAACUUCGAAAUUCCUGUAUCUUCCUUUUCAGGAAAAAAGGUAGAAUUGAAAUGAAUUUCUUUUACGAACACUGAAAUUGUCAACUUGUAUCAGAAAUACAUUUUAAAUUUAAUGAUACACAACUUCGGAAUUCUGUUUCUUAUACAUGCAUAGAUUCUGAAACGAUUCCACAGAACAAGAACCAGUGGCUAGAAUUCUUUACUGAACUUACACUGGUUAACUUAAUUUACUAUUAAGAAAAUUUUGUUCAUUAGAAUAUUGUUGAAAGAUACCCUUCUUUCGCUGCUGUCUGAUAAACACUUAAAUAUUGUGUGGGAAGUGCAUAGCUAUAUUUAAUAUUAUGUCUACAAAGGAAUCACAAAAAACAUCUAUAACUUGUGAACAUUCUGCCCUGAAUAUUGUUUCACUUCAAGAAUGGUUAAAUGGAGAGUGUAUGGCAAUCACUUUGCCAUAUUCCAAUACUCUUCAUUCAGGAAAAAGUUACAACAUAAAUUCUUGGCACAAUAGAUUUCCCAAGGAGAUCUCGCACGAUCUCUCUGAGAUUACAAUAAGUGUCUGAAAAGGAGCUUGGAGAUUCCAGAAAGUCUCCACACUCCCUUCCCACGCCUUUUCUGAAGGCAAGGCACCUUUAAAUAAGAUUGUGGGGGAUAUGAAGAGGCCUAAAAGGACUAGUUCUUAAAUGCUGUUCAAGGUGAGCAAACUUCAAACACUUCCUUUAACAAACCAAUCUAAAGCAUUACUGUGCCAAUCUGACUUGCAUUUGAUUGGUAGUCUACUAGUAUUAAGAUUUAAUAUGCAUGCACUUAACAAAUCAGGUCUCAUGAAUUGUUGAGCACAGUACACUUGCAUGCAAUUCCCGACCAUAAAAGUUCAUGGGAUUUUGCAUGUCUUAUUUUAUCACAUUGCAGACACUCCUAAAGGAAAAGAAUAUCGUUGCUACAGAAUAAACUGCCAAAGUAUCUUAAAUAACAACAAUCUGGAUUGGAAAGCAGGUAGAAGUAACACAAUUAUGUGCAGUAGCUUCUACUAGACAGAUUUUGAAAAUAAAUCUUUCUGCUUUCGGUACAGCUAUGUAAAGAAUUAAAUCUAAUAUAAUAUUUAAUAAAUAUACAUCUCUUACAAUUGUGUUGAUAUGGGCUUCAGAGCUGGCAAACAACAGGAUGGUUUCUCACCGCAAGUUGUGCACAACAAUAAGUUCCCACAAAUAGCUUACUCUGUAACAGGUAGAUAGUCUUAUUUGGGUCAUCCCAAGGAAUUUGCAGACUAUGAGAUAUGUGUAUCUUUGUAGCCCAUUUGUGAUCUGCAGGUCACAGGCCCUCACUCUCCAAUGUUUAUAGUCUGCAAACAGACAUAACUUAAAUCCGGCAAACCAAGAUUGCCUUGUCAUUAUAUGUUCCAUGUUGCACGCCACAUUGAUAGUCACUUCUCAUCAGACACUUCUGACCCUUCAUUCACUUUCACCACAUGGCACAGCAAGGCUGCAGUGCAAUCGGUGAGUCCGGAGUGUCGAGUGGGACUCAGGUCAGUGGGGUGUUCCAUGCUCAAGUCAGUGGGACUCAAGUUGGUGGGGUGCUCCAUGCUCAAGUCAGUGGGAACAUCAUCAUCAGCAGGACUCUCACUUUCUACUUUAGGCUCAAUCUUGAUGCUCAUAGCUGCAGCUGGGUGUGCUAUCUGAGGCAAGGCUGAUGAUUGGUGGUGAGGGGCUUGAAUAUGCUGCUGCUGUUGUUGCUGUUGCAAUGAUGCUGGAGGCCGGGUAGGACUCAUUUGCUGGCGCAGCAAUGACAUGUUCUUAAUACUCUUCAGCUCACUGGGAUUGCGUAAAAACUGAUAACAAUGCCGUUCUCCUUGAACUUUACGAAGAAUGUUUACUCGGUAAUAAUACCGAAGUGCUCGAGACAUCUUGUCAUAGUUCAUGGAUAGGUGAUUCUUCUGAAUUCCCCAGAGUUUAGCAAGACCAGCAGGAUCCACAAUCUUGAACACUCCAGUUUCUCGGUUCUUCCAAGCAAUGUAGUUUGUGUAACGCUGAGUAGGAUCAUUCAGCAAUUGUUGAAGAAAAUCCCAUAGAAGACGACCAUCUGUUU